AUGCCAUCGACUCUCGUAGGCUCGAAGCGCAACAUUACUGGUCCUUCUAAUCUUCUUGCUACGGAUGGCGAAAAGCUGCAAUCAAUUGACCCAGACAAUCGGGCGGAAUCUCUCUCCAAGCGACUGCGCCCUGAAAAACCCGCUGUUAAAGUCCUUCCCUGUCGUUACGAGGAAGCAAAUCCCCGCGACCUCGUCGUUUUGAUCUCCAUCUCGAGCCUCACUGUACACCGAUUUUUGAUCAGCAGCGCUACCGUGGCAAGUAAGGGUCUCAGUGACAGCUUUUGGACAAACAAGACUUACGCCAGAGUUGGUGGAAUCAGCAUCGCCGAACUGGCGCUAUUAGAGUUGGAAUUUCUGUGGCGGGUUGAGUGGCGUAUAGUGCCUCAGCCUGAGGUCCUGGAGGAUUAUUAUCAGCGCCUCGUCGAGCGAUGUGACGAGUAUGUGAUCCAGCCAGGAAAAGAUAUUGAUGCACAACCUACAGAGAAGGAUGAGACUGCGGCUACCUCGUCGAUUAUGCGCAACGGAGGAAGCACCUCUGCUACGGAUGCCACGGCCACUACGACAGCCAGCACGAAAUAG